AGGGUUUCAGCAUGUUUCAGCCUUGGAGCGAAUUCCCCUCAUGGCGGAGCCGUUGAUCAAGAAGGAGCUUGAGGGUGAGCCCUGUUUGGAAGUGAUUGGCGCUGGAUGGGGGCGUACAGGAACAAACAGCGUCAAGAUCGCGCUUGAGAAGCUUCUGGAUGGGCCUUCCUAUCAUAUGUUUGAAUGCGCCGUCAGACCAGACUUCCAGAAGUGGAUCGACGCCUAUGCUGGGAAACCAGAUUGGAAAGGAAUCUUCACUCAUCCAGAUGGAGACAGAUUUUACAAAGCGACCGUGGACUACCCAGCCUGCGGCAUGUACAAGGA